ACUUGGUCAAUUUAUUUACUCUAACCCAAGAAUCUAUUCAUGUAUUUCGUUCCAUGAUGAGAAAAAGAGUUGUUAUUGUUAUUAUACUAUUACAUGUCUAAGAUCUUGAUCUACACAAAUAUAUUACAUGUCUAGGAUAACAUUGUAUUGAUGCGUAUCUUGCAACUACUUCAGCAUCCAACGAUUCUUUGGAUGGAUCGGGCCACCAAAAAAGGAUUUCAAAUUAGGAGCAACCACCAAGACACUUCCAGGGCAGCAGGCCAGCAGCUUAUUUUAAGCUCUAGCCACUACGUACUAGCCUGCAGUAGGUAGUUGCAGAGGGCACAUCCACAGGGAUGCAUUUGGAGAUGGGGCGCAACUAUCAGAUUAAGGAACAUUUUGAAAUCUCUCUCAUUCUUUCUUGACCGACAUAAUCCAGUGGCUUGAAUUGAGUUUGCGUCUUCUGAUUGUGAUCAUUAGUCCAAAUCGUUUUUUUUUUGAGCAAGAUUAGUCCAAAUCGUUAUUCCUUGCAGAUUUGUACUGGAAUGUUACUAUCAGCCUAUCAGGUUUCCAAAAUCUGUCCUGUUUUGAUUGAUUUUUUGUUUUGGACAUUUGGUAACAUGGCAACUGCAUGCUAAUGUUAGAAAGCUUAUGACAAGUUCAACCCCGGGAAUAAUCAUUCAAAAACUUGGUGUGAACAUCCAGCCUGAGAUCCCUGAAGACUCUAAUUAACUCCAGACUCGGCAUCUGUCACUCACACCCGACAUUACAGGCCAGAUGUCGUUUUAAGUUAUAAUCCAGUGUUCAAUGCCUCAACUAGAACAUUGCACCUAAGUACAGCCAAUCUCGUUCAAGGCCUACUUCUUCUUUUUUCCUACUGCACAUAUAGUGCUGUAGGUUGAGAUGUCUCCUAUCUUGCAAGCUGCUGCAUUGAGUGUGCUAGUAUUUUCUUUUGGAAAGCAAGCAUACAUUUGUCAAACAAUUGUUGAUAGCUUCUGCCACUUCAUUGGAAUUGCCUGCAUUGCAUAUAAGCUGCCUUCUUCGUCUAUCGGUUCUUAGACUCUCUCUCUCUCUCCCCCCCACUUUUCAUCUUUCACGCCUCUUUGGUUCUACUUUCAGACCAGGAUACCUGUCGUUUUUGCCUGAGGCAAUUUGAGAUCUUGCACUAGAUGGGACUUAUUUGAUGUUUUCGCCAUUCUCUACUUCGGUGCGAGCUAAUGGAUCUCUACAUGAAACUUCUCCUGGCCUCCCUCAGCUGUAUUCUCCUGAUGCAAGCAGCAUCAUGUGAUGGCACCACAGGCGAAACUGAAACGGCAAACUGGACAUGUGUAUGCGCAGCUCAUCCACUAGAUGAACCAAACUCUAACAGCAGCCUGUUGUCCAAUUGCUCUUCAUCCUGCCAUUGCCAACAAGAUGAUAAUGGUGGCACAGGGUCAUGGAACUGCACAUGUGCCGCUGAUAAGGGCCUUCAGAAAGAAGAACAUGCUGUGCUACGUGCCAGGAGUUGCUUCACUUCCUGUAACUGCACAUCUGGUAUUGGAAGUUCAGAGGAAGGGAAAAGGCAUGUCUCCAGCAAAACAGUCAUAAUUACGCUCCUAGUUUGUGUGAUUCUCACCACUACUGCUUUCCUUGUCACCACCGUAUACUACUUCCGCCGCAAGGAUGCUCUCUCUCCACGAUCGCAGAUAUACUCCUUCGAUAAAUACACUAGCUGGAGCAGCAGAUCGAACCUUGUCAGCAAUCGAUCGUCUCCACUUCCCCAAUUGAAAUCAAAACCAAGGCUUGGUGUUUUAAAAGAGUUUCUGUGUAGCUGCAACCUCAUCUGCGGGGGCGAAAGCGGCACGUUCCCUGGUGUCAUUAUCCGGUUUUCAUACGCGGAGUUGGAGCAAGCAACCGGGAAAUUCUCAGACGAGCAUCUUAUCGGAGUUGGUGGGUCGAGCAAGGUGUACCGAGGCCAGCUCGGCGAUGGCAAAGUUGUUGCCGUGAAGAAGCUUAGGCCCCUAGGAGGUGCAGAUGAAGACUUCGAAUUCCUAUCAGAGAUCGAGCUGCUGUCGAGGCUGAACCACUGCCACGUAGUGCCAUUGCUGGGGUACUGCUCGGAGAGCCAGGGCCGGCAGCUGGAGAGGCUGCUGGUGUUCGAGUGCAUGUCCAACGGCAACCUGAGGGACUGCCUGGACCUGAAGCAAGGGAGGAGGCCCAUGGACUGGCAGACCCGGGUGAGCAUCGCUCUCGGCGCCGCUAGGGGGGUGGAGUACCUCCAUGAGGCAGCCGCCCCGCGUAUCCUCCACCGUGACAUCAAGUCCACCAACAUCCUGCUGGAUGACAAGUUCAGAGCCAAGAUCACUGACCUUGGCAUGGCCAAGUGCCUGAUGAACGACGGCGUGACGAGCUGCUCGAGCUCCCCGGCGCGGAUGCUGGGCACGUUCGGGUACUUCGCGCCGGAGUACGCCAUCGUGGGCAAGGCGUCGCUCAAGUCGGACGUGUUCAGCUUCGGCGUCGUCGUGCUGGAGCUCAUCACCGGGCGGCCGCCCAUCCACAAGUCGUCGUCGACGAGGGCCGACGAGAGCCUCGUCAUCUGGGCGACGUCGCGGCUGCGGGACAGCAGGCUGGUGGUGACGGAGCUGCCGGACCCGACGCUGCAGGGCAAGUUCCCGGCGGAGGAGAUGCAGAUCAUGGCGCACCUGGCGCGGGAGUGCCUGCAAUGGGACCCCGAGGCGAGGCCCACCAUGACGGAGGUCGUCCAGAUCCUCGCCACCAUCGCGCCACUCCAGCAGGGCGCCAAGCGCCGGAACCUCCCCAUCGCCGCCGCCUUCAACCUCACGGCGUCGCCGCACGUUGGGAGGUGCGACCCGGAGCCUAAGGACGACGACGACGACAUCGAGAGGCAACAGCUGCAGCAGCAGGAGUGCUCGCCGACGACGCCCGUCCAGUGGAAACAGCAAGCGCGGCGCGCGCCGUCGCCGCCACCGGGCCGCGCGUCGUGGCCCGGCGACAGGGGGAACGUUGUGAGCAGAGGCGCGGUGGUGUCGGGCGAGCUGGUGAACGGGACGCUGCUGAUGAGCCCCCACGGGCGGGGAAGCUGGCGGCGGCCGCCACCGCCGCCUGGCGACGACGAGGAGGCGGUGGACGUGGACCUGACGGAGCCUCGGAUGGAGGCGUUCACGCAGCCGGCGGCAUUCAGAUGACGAAAGGAUUAGCAGGAUCGGGAGGAGAUGGUGAUGGUUUUGAUUGCUGCAUCAGCGGCGGGUGCUGUACAUCUUCUUGUUCAUGGCUCCACGAUCCACAGCAGCAUCUGCUUCUGCUUCUGCAUCUGCGUCCAUGAAUGUACAGUACAGGCGAACGCAUCUAGAUCGACAAGGGGAAAAGAAAUGGUAUUGAGAUCGUUGUGGGAUAGGGAUAGAUAGGUUGAAGUUGAACACGAGAUCAAUGCCGAUAGGAUGGCCAAUCCUCCAUGGCUGAAGUGAAUCCACAGCGCACGAGAGAGAGAUCCGACAGCAACACUGGGUAUCCAGCGAUUGUAACAAAAGCAGAUGUGCAUGUGUGUAUCAUCUUAUACUCUGUCAAAAGAAAAAAAAAAUGCAACUAUGAGAUUUGUGCAAGUCAAAUUAAAUUAACUUUAACCAAGUUUAUAGUAAGAUAAAGUCAUGACAUGUGACCAUGUGGGCCCAUGUGUCAGUGAUAGGGAGAGAGUGGAUAGUAAAGGAGCAUUCUAGGCAGUGAAAAAUAGGUUGUCGGUUUGUAAAUGGGUCUAAACACGUCCAAGGCAUACAUAAUGACAUAUUUCAGAGAAAAGAAGAAUUA